CCAAGUUUUACGCACAUUUAUUUUUGUAGUCAAAUUCUUUGAAAAUUUGUUCAAAAUUUGUUUAACUUUGGCUCUUUAAUCCAAUUUAUUUAAUUAAUAGCAUUUAUUUAUUCAACGGGAGUUACAUAUCUAGCUCAUACAAUUAAACACACUAUUUGUUGCGAUGUCAGUGCGGCCCCUUCAGAUUUGCUGCAAAAUUCUGAGCGUUCCAUAUUAAAAAUUUUACCACCAAUAGGUCAACUAUCUUUUGUAAAUACUACAGUGUAUAAUGGCAGAUUGUGCUCCAUCAGCUAAUGCCAGUGAUAAGAUGGCCAGUUUGUUGAAGGAGGCGGAAAAUUUGAAAAUCAAACUUGAGGAAGAACGUGCCAAAUUGAAUGAUAUUAAUUUAUGGACUGUUGCUGAGCGACUAGAGCCGAUUGCAUUUGUUAACAUAAAACCACGUAAAGUACUCAAAGGCCAUCAGGCAAAGGUUCUAUGUACGGAUUGGAGUCCAGAUAAACGUCAUAUAAUUUCCUCAUCGCAGGAUGGGCGUCUCAUCAUUUGGGACGCCUUCACCACAAACAAAGAACACUUCAUUACCAUGCCCACUACUUGGAUUAUGGCAUGUGCAUAUUCCCCAUCUGGCAAUUUCGUUGCUUGUGGUGGUUUAGACAAUAAAGUUACCGUAUAUCCUAUAACGUCAGAUGACGAAAUGGCUGCUAAGAAACGAACAGUUGGUACGCACACUAGUUACAUGUCUUGUUGUAUUUAUCCAAAUUCCGACCAGCAAAUCCUCACUGGAAGCGGUGAUUCUACAUGUGCUCUAUGGGAUGUAGAAAGUGGACAAUUACUACAGAGCUUUCACGGGCAUUCUGGUGAUGUUAUGGCAAUUGAUUUAGCACCAAAUGAAACCGGAAAUACAUUCGUUUCUGGCAGUUGUGAUCGCAUGGCUUUCAUAUGGGACAUGCGUUCAGGACAUGUUGUCCAAUCGUUUGAAGGACAUCAGUCCGACGUUAAUACCGUCAAAUUUCAUCCUAGUGGAGACGCAAUAGCAACUGGCUCAGAUGAUAGUAGCUGUCGCUUGUUCGAUAUGCGUGCUGACAGGGAAGUCGCUGUAUUCGCUAAGGAGAGCAUCAUUUUUGGUAUUAACUCGGUAGACUUUUCAGUGAGUGGCCGUUUACUAUUUGCAGGCUAUAAUGAUUACACAGUGAAUCUCUGGGAUACACUUAAGUCGGAGCGUAUUUGUCUAUUGUAUGGACAUGAAAAUAAGGUAUCCUGUGUGCAGGUGUCACCGGACGGCACUGCAUUAUCCACUGGCAGUUGGGAUUAUACCAUACGCGUAUGGGCAUAAGUAUAUAUAAAUAUUGUCCUAUAUGUAUAUACCAUGCAUACCUAUGUAUUUUUGUUGUUAUUUGUUUGGAGAUUUGUAUUUAUUUGUUGAGCUUGAUUGUAAACAGCGGUGUAACGAGUAUUAAUUGCUUAAAUGUUAAUGACUUAAUGUUGCUUAUUAUAUUUAGUGGAAUAAAAUUAAAUAGUCACGAGUGAAUACUCGUUGAAAAUUAA